AGCCUGUGAGGAGCAGCAGUAAGGUCCCGGAGGAGGCGGUGGUGGACGAGGAGGCCAUCCUGAGUCUGCUGGAGAACAGCCAGACCUUCCUCCCGCUCUCCCAGACAUCCAGCCACUCACCCCUGUUAGACAGCAGGCAGGACCAAGCCUUUAUCGAGCUGCUGGCAGGACUGGAGAACGACGGCUUCUGCAGGACCCCCGUCAGACAGAAGUCCCAGUCACUCCCUGGUGCCAGAAGCUACGACUGCAACAGUGAUGAAGAGGAGGCAGAGCCUGAGAUGGAGAAGGACGAGGCAGAGCUCAGCGUGAUAAUGUCCCAGCGGUGGGACAACGAGCCUCCCAACCACUCCCCCACACCAAGACACGGAGUAAGGGAGCCAGAGGAGGGCUUCAGUGACGAGCAGCACGAGUCCUCUGAUGAAGACAUGGACUGGAGCGGGAACAAUUCCCUGUUCGCCAACCUGUCCAUCCCCCAGCUGGACGGGGCCGCAGACGAGAGCAGCGGUGAGUCAUGUCAUGCUGAGACGCCACUUACAUAA